CCUCACCUUACAACCUCACUCAUUCUUCCCAGCCAGAGUAGCUUCGACGCGACCUCCUCAAAUCCCGCACCACGUAUGACGCGCUACAUCUAGAAGCGAAUCCACAGCCUUCUGACACUGCCCUCCUUCCUUUCGCCCAAUCUUCCACAAUCCCGUAGUCGACACGUCGCAACAGGGCCCUCGAUGCCAUGAACCACGUCCGCCAAACCUGUCGACCUAAGCACCAGGUUUUAGUGCUCAAGUGCUAUCCCAAGUUUCAGAAAAACAACGUCGAAGUCCGACCGAAUUCGAGCGAGCUCAGCUACCUCUUGUAUUAUGCCAGCACGCGUCGGAGCAAGCUACAGAAGCUCGGGGACUUCCUGGACAAGCGCAUCAUCAAAGACGUGUGGAAAGGUCGCAUAGGCAAUGUCCAGGUGACCCUGGAGAUUUGCAAGGCUCUCAUCGAGAAAUGUCCGCGAGAGCUACCGUUAUACGCCGCCGCACUCAUGCGCAUUCUGCGCAAUGUCCUCAACUCGGAAGAUGUCACCAUGAUCGAGGCAUCGGUGCCCACCUUUGAAGCAUUCUGCGCCCACCAGGACCCCGCGAAUCUCGCCGCCGACCAGGGCUAUAUCAAGCGAUAUGAGGAGAUUGUGCGCCUAUAUGCCCUGCUCGCUAGCAAGGAGGGAAUCAAGUCUCUCAAGGCGGCACCUAGUUGGCCUGUGGCCAUAAGAUAUAGGAAGGCAGGCUUACAGGCGCUCAGGGCUGUGGCUUCAUCCGAGUCACUUGGGUCUGAAACCGGACGCCAGCUAAACGUCAUCAUACCUACGGUGCUUUGGAACAUCUGCUCAGGCGACGAUGACUUUUUGAGACGGCUUGAAAUGCGCGGUGCCGAGGAAUCGAGGGAACAGGCUCUGCGAAGGCGUAGCAUCUCCACUGUUCAGACAGCCGAUGAAGGCGAAGCAGAUCCAAUGGCGGUUGCUGGGACGACAGAAGAUGCCGACAAGCUCGCGGAAGAGGAAGUUGGAAUGAUUGCGAUACAAGCAUUAAAGAAUAUCUUCAUGGGCGUAACCCGCGGGCAACUGCGCCUUGCGACCGACGCAGUCGUUCACUUCGUUGUGUCCUCUGUGCCAUCCUCCUUCGAUGAUUCGAAACAGGUCAAGGAUUGGAGCACAACGCUGAUGGCAAUGGUCUGUAGAUGGGCACCCGUCCAGGAUCGCUACGCCAUUCUUGUUGUCACUACAGAAGCCCUUUUCAAACGCCCGAUAGUUGAGGAUGACCUCGGCCGACAGUUGCUACUCGCAUCCAUCAUCAAUAACCUCCUCAGAUCCAAUAUCAAUUUCAUUGGCCUCAGCAUCAUGGAUGUACUGGUGGGGCUCAUUGUACAUUCAUUGCAACUUUUGCAGUUGGCGGGCCCAGGGAGUUCCAUCGUUCCACAUCAACAACAGGCGACCUCUGUUUCGGUCAGCAAAGCAAAUCCUGACGUAAAUUCGUCUGUCCCUAUUGGCGGCGUGGUCAUGGAGAUCAUCAAGGACCCGUCACCCAUGCAUGUACGCCUUCUGGAAACUCUACAGGCAUGUAUGGCCAGCUUGGCGACACAUGUGUAUUAUUCGGAUCAAAUAUGCGACAUGGUCUCCGCCAUCAUGACCCGUCUAAAACCAUCUUCACUCCCUGAGAUUUCCUGUUCUGCGGAAGCUAUCGAGGAUCCGACAGGAGCAAUACACACAGUCGCAAGCUCCCCGAGCCUUCGGGAAAAACAGCCACAUGUGCACAAAUUCUUCUCCUUUGAGCGUGCGAGGUUACUGGCACUACGAGCCGUCAAAGCCAUCAUCGUCACGGCCAACGAAGCACGGGCAGAGGGGAACAAUGUUGCCGUUCCAAGGGCGCCUGUCACUGCGAAGGUCUGGGAGGGUACGCAAUGGUUAUUACGAGACCCCAGCAGAGAGGUUCGCAAGGCAUAUGUCGACGCUCUAAUAACUUGGUUGAAUAUGGAGAUGGCCAGGGAUGAUCUCAAAAUCAACCCUAUUCCACGGAAAAGCAAAGAGAUCCGGACCGACGUUGCACGGCGUGCAGUUUCCAAUGCCUCAAAAAGCGACAACCCUACCAGGUCCGACAAGAGCACUUUUCUGCCGUUGUUGCACCUUGCUGUAUACGAGUCAGCCCUUGAGCAUACUGAUUCCGAGCCUGAUCUUCUCCUGCUCCAUCUCCUUCUCUAUACUCUUGUCAACAAGCUAGGCGUUAAUGCGGCUCGCACUGGGCUGCCAAUGAUCUGGAGGCUUCAAGAGGACAUCCUGAGCCUGACUGACCCUGGAUCUAAAGUCAUGGUAGGCAGUCUUGUCCAUGGGUAUCUAUGGGGCCUCAGUGCAACUCUGGAGUUCGAUACCUCUUCUGUGGGCAGAGUGCUUCAUGCUGAGAUCUCGCGGCGCCACGAAAAGGGACUGUGGGUGAAAAGGAUUCGCGUCCCACCCGUCCCCUUGGAAUCCAUCGAGACUCCUCGUGCCAAUCCAAUAAGCAUUCCAGGAGAAGUCGUUCAAUCAGAGGGUCUUAAGCCAUUUGACAAUCGUGGGGCAUUUGUCGACAAAAUCGCUGAAGGCUACACGGCUUCUCUGACGUCUCCCCCUAGCAGUCCACCUGGUUCACCCGGCCGAUCUCUUUCGGUCUCGCUCGUGCCUCCGCAACCCUCAGAGCCGCCGCCCUGUCUACCGCCCAGUGUGAGAGAGGACCUUCUAGCGGAUUGGUCGAGGGAGGUCUGCAUCGCAACGAACGCAAAAGACACGUCCUCCGCCUCCGUGACUGGCUCCCGUACGGGGACUUCCGCGCACCACAAAACCAACUACUUGGGAGUCUCGAUUCCCCAUGGCAACCUGGACAGCGUGAACAGCUCUCCUAUUCCUUCUCCGCGUCGUGCCCACAGUCGCCCUCCGAGCAACGCAUAUGGACUCGUAGGACGAGUCCCUUCACCCCAUCGGACUGUCAGUCCUGCUAGGACUGGAGGAAGUACGUCCUCGAUUCAUUCAGCGGUGCGCGUCGACGAACUCAAGCGUGUGUUGUCUGGAACUGCGCCUCGUACUUCACACUCUUUCCGUCCUCGCAGUCAGCGCUAUUCACCGGUUUCCACCUCCUCUGAAUCCAUGGUUUCUGUUCAUAGCUUGUCGGAAGCCUCCUUUGUAACGACUGAACACGUGCAUUCCCAAGUCGAAGAACCAGACGCCGAGCGAGCACCACGCCCAAGAUCCUCUGGCCGUCCCGCGUCACCUUCACCCCAGACAUCGUCGCAAUCCCCUCCGACCCACGCGGCGCGAGAACGCGAGGCAGCUUUCGCUGCCAAUGGCGUUCCCCCAGUUCCCCCUAUCCCAGCCUCGCUUCGUGACCAGUCCGUCUCCCCUAGCGGUCGAGACCUAGAGCGUGGCACAGCAUCAGCCCAUGAUGUUAAUGGGGGUAUUGCUGUGCGCAAGAGUAGGAGGCAGAAGCGAGGGACUGGCUCCGUACGCCGCCGCGGCGAGAGUCGCCCUAAGAGCAAUGGCGAUGUGGGUCUUGGGUUGGGCAAAAUCGCGGACAGUAGACCAGACUUCAGUGGAUUUCUCGAUAGUAUUGAUGUUGGUGAUGGGGACUUGGGUGGCGGGAAUGGUAGGAUCUUGAAUGGGUUGGGGCAGGCGCCCUAUUGAUUCCGCGUACUGUAUUAUGAUACUGAUGGGCAUUGGUAUAACUGCGAGCUUGAUUUUGUUUUGUGUUGGUGGUCAGGGACGUGCUUGUUGUAUUUGGUGGCAUAUUUUGCAAGGGCGCAUGCGAGGAAGACCCACUUCUUCACAUUGUUCGUUUGUCUCGCCAGUAUUAUACCUUGUUCUGUGCAUCAUCAUAGUAUCUUGUUGUCUUGUUCGCUGAUAGAAGUACAGGAGACGCUUCAGUCACACCGUCCCGUCAGUCGACCGUGACAUCCAUUCCACCAUUACUCUCUGAGAGCGCACAUACAUGUAGGGAAGGGCUACCACCCUAAAACUUGGCAUAAAUCUCUAUUCUUGCUGCUGGGUUUACCACCCAGGUCCUCAUUACCCCAUGAACGUCUC